GUCGUGUGGUGUCGUGGGAAUCGGCGAGGCACAAGGAAUGUGAAUGUGUGGCGACGUGCGUGACGUGUUUCGGUGAUUAAACUUAUAUGGCCUUGGGUGAUUAUUGGUGUGGAACGUGGUGUGGAAGACAGACGGCCAAGUCCUUUGGACAUCUUGCAGGGCUGUUGCCAGUCUGGUAGGCAAAGGGUGUAAAAGACUGGCUGGUUAACCGUAAUAAUUUUGUUUUGGAAGUGACUAUCCCUGACCAGGGAUCUACCGGAGUACCACUGGAUGCCGUAUCGUCAACAGCGGAGACGGAAAAGUCAGGAUGCCUCAGCGCCGCUCGUCUCCGACGGCGGACAAGAACCGGCUCGACGAGUUCAUCAGGUCGACCCUCUCCAAGAACAGCAUCGUUGACGAGGCGCAGGCCACCAUCCUCCUCCAGCAAGAGGCCCCCGCUGACAUAGCACAGACCGUGGCCAACUACCUGAAGCUGCCCCAUCCCAGCCACGACUGGAUCAAACAGUGGGAGGCCGACUACUUCACCAACGGCGUCAUGGAGCUGAUGGGCACCUCGCCCGUGCUGCCGCCUGGCGGCGAGCCGGUGAAGUACACGGCCAGGCAGCUCGGCAUGUCCAUUACGGCAAUGAAGUUCGCCCUGGCCUGCCACAGAGGCGAGUACGAAGCCGAGUUCGGCGGUCAGACGGGCGGCGUCCGCUACCUGAUGAGGCAGCUGGAGGAGUGGCCGAACCCCAACAAGCCGCUCCUCACGCACCAGCAGCUCUCCAACCUGCGCGAGUACCUCACUAAAAUAUUCAGCCACUCGUUCGUGUCGCAGCUGCUGCUGCGGCCCCGGAUCGAGGCGCCCUACCGGCUCGAGUGGAAGAUCAACCGACCGCUGACGCUGCGGCUGCCCUCGCCCGAGCCGCCGCCCGACCGCAAGGCCGCCAAGAAGAAAUCGCCAAAGCAGAAGAAGCCGAAGAAGGGUAAGAAGGGCAGCGCGUCGCCGGUGGAGGAGCGCACGCACGAUGCGGCCACGCAGCUGCGUCCGCCGGGCUACCUGCCUCUGAGGAUGGCCGCGCCGCUACCGCUGCUCUACAAACUCUACACCGGGGAGGAGUACGACGAGGAGGCCAUGGCCAAAAAGAAGAAGGGAAAGCGGAAAUAGAUGGAAGAUAUGUGGUCGUGGUGCAGGAAAUUGAGGUCCUGGAAUGAAGUCAUGGAGAUGUUUGUGAGUGUUUUAGAUUUGCGAUUCGUUUUAGUUCCUGGGGUUGCGUAAGAGUUUUCGUGGCACCGUCUCCUGUUGAUGAAUGUAUAAAUAGUUGACUUUAAAAUUGAGUUAUUCUGUAACGCAACGUUCCAGCCCAUAUUAACGUGAACAACCUUUCUAAAAUUACUGUAGGACAAUUGCAUCGAUAGCUAUUUCUGGCAAAUUUUGGCGAACGCUUCAAAUGCUAAGCUAAGCUCAACCCUGGGGCAGGGCUGCACCUGAAGUUCGCGUUGUGGCGCCUAGAUAGCAGCCCCGCACCGUUUGUUUUUCCGGCUGCCUGAAUCAAUAGCAACAUCAACAUUGUGGGUUGGCGUGCGUGGUUCCAGAAAGCUCAUCUCGGAUUUGGUUACGAUGAGGUUUGGCGGCUGCAGGGACGGCGGCCGGCCAGUCAGGUAAGCCCCUGCACGGGCGGCCGCCGCCGGUCCGCGCGGACUGCGGGGCGGACUGCGCUGCGCGGAAUGAUGUGGACCGCUGCGCGGCGCGCGGACAGUCAGCUGAGACCAGCCGAGCUGCCGACCGAUCGUAGACGGGCCGCGGGGGUCGCCCGGACAAUCAGGCUUUAUUGCCGCGGAUACGCUCAGUCGCUCAGUCUAUCAGGCUUUAUUUCGUGGUAACGGAAAUGAAAGCGAUCUUGUGGCAUGGCUGGAUCAGACUAUGUUCGGAAUAACCGGCCGAGUUCCCGCGACCAUUGGAACGUAGAUGGAAAUCAAAUACAUGGGAAUUGCUCCCAGGGUGA